AUUUUCGUUCGAAUAGCUAGUGUAAAAUGUUCUUAUUUUGUAUAAUCAUACAUGUUGUCGUGCACGGUAUACCUACCCGUUACAUCUAAUUUUUUUUUUUUAAAAAGUUCCUCAAACUUUCCUCUUUCGAUUUCUAAAAAUCGUGUUUAAAAUACUAAAAAUUUUAAUUGUUGGAUAUUUUUUUUUUUAAAUGUGUUGGUAUUUUUGAUUUUAAUAUUUUGAUGAUAUCAAAAUUUACUGAUAUCAGUUAUUGUUAAUAAACCAUAUAAACCUAACUAUUCAGUAUUAAAAAGUAAAUCACUUUAAAAUCUGUAGCAUUGGAAUCUUAGGGGUAUAUUUAUUAAUGUUUUUGUACAAUGUGUCCUAAUACAAAUAAAUAUGUUUUAUUUAUUAGGUUAAUAAUACCUUAUAUAUUAUUUUAGUUUUAGAAAUAAUUUGAGUAAGUAUUAGUAAAAUAUUCUAUUACUUUUGGCCUUCUAAUUUAAUUAUGAAUUAUUAAAUUUUUGAGUCAUAAAUUAGAAAUCUUAUUAAUUUAUAUUUGUAUAAUUUUUUUAAAUUAUUUAUGUUUAAAAUUAUUUUUUCAUUGUUUCAAACUAAUUGGUUACAUUAUACUCAAGAAAAUGAUUAAACCAUAAACUAAAUAUUAAUUAAUAUUAUUAAUAUAAUAAUAUUAUACUUUUUAUAAAUAAAUAAUAAUUUAAAAUUAAUGAAUAAGUAUAUGUGAAUUAAAGUCAAAUUGAGUUUAUUGACAUUUAUAAACCAUUAAACCUUCAACAUAACAAUUAAUAAUUUACUUUUAUAGCUCAUGUGAAGUACAUACAUACUGAUAUUGAUUUUAAUAGUAAUUCUAAGACCUUUAGUUAAAAAAAAAAAAUAAAAAAAUAUACAUAUUAACAAUAAAUAGCAAUAUCACUAGUAGUAACAGAAGAUGUAAACAACUCAUGUAUAUGUAAUUGUAGAUAUACAAUACUUUAUAAAGGUCCUUAAUACCUGGAAAAAAGUCAGUCAAUUUUUUAAGUUGGAGUAUUAAAUAUUUUUAACUAUAAACCAAUACCUAUUUAUAGGAAAUCUCAAUUAUAUAUUUGACAUUUUUUGAAAUUGAUAUUAAUAUAUUUCAAUAAAUUUUGUUUUUGAUAGGUGUGUGAAGAUUAACAAAAUUGUUUAAAAUGGCACCAUCAUUGGAAAUAGAUGACAAUAAAUCCUUGUACAAUGAUCUUAGAGACUUAUGCAAAGAAAAUAUUACUUAUUUUACGACUGAUGAAAGAAAUUGUUCAACUGCUAUAGCAAAUUCUUUUGAACAAUUAUUUGAAAAUGUUGGCAUUAUAAAGCCUUUAGUUGAAGAAUUACGUAAUGUAUGCCAUUUGUAUGAUUUUGAUCCAUCUAUACCGGGCAAUGGGUAUCGAAGUUAUGUGCGUGUUGUUGAUUUAUUUAUUGCUCAUUGUAUUAAAGUUUGCAAUCAAAUGGCUACCAAUCGUCAUUCUUUUUUCUUCCGUAAAUCAUUUUAUACCAAGUAUAUACCUAUAAUAUAAAUUGUAUCCGAAUAAUAUUGUAAUUAAUAUGAAUAUUUUUACAGGGAAAUAGAAUCAUGUAACCAAGUGAUGAGUGCAUUGGUAUUAUGUAUAGAAAAUUUGUGUCUUUUGAUUGGUUGGAGUGAACCAGGCAUGUUAUUUGCUGGGAACGAUACUGCAGCUUUGGAGCUUAUGAUGAAAAUUGAACCAUCUAAACUUUGCCCUUUUUAUGGCCGCUGUUUGGCUUUUCAAGUAAACAUUUUAAAUAUAAUAAUUGGGUUUUAUUAAUUUUGUUCUUCAACUUAAAAUUUGUAUUAACAUUAACAUUCAUCUGAUUAUUAUAUUUUUUAAAUUAAAUACAUCCUAGGUAUAUAUUUCCAUAUAUUUGCUCAUUAUAUUUUAGAUAAACUAAAAAUUGUAUAAUAUAUGUUUUAUAACAGAGAUGAUCUAAUUUACUAUUCUAUAAGUUUAUGGUGUAUGGUAAUAAAAUUAUUUAUAACUUGCAUGUGUAAAAGAAGAUUAUGUGUGCUCUAGCAUUGAUGUUUCUUCAAUAUUUUAAUUUUUUAAGCAAAAUGUAAGUAUGCAAAAUAUUAAAAUUUAAAAAUGAUUGUAAUAUAAUAUUAACAUAUUAUAUUGCUUAAAAAUUAAAAUAUUAAAAAUAAAACCUCAACUCUAGGGCACAUACAAUCUUAUUACAUUUAUGAAAUUUGGUAAUUAAUCAAUUUGCUUUAGCAUUAAAACUAAUGCCACAAAAUAUGUCCUAAUGAAUGCAAAUUGCUACGUUGUGCGUUUGUAAGAUGGAAAUGGUAGAUGUCGGUACAUCGUCAUCUUAAUUGAAUUAAAUAUUCUGUCAUCUACACAUUUAUUGAUAUCUUUUUAUCAUUUUUAAUCUCUAGUUUAUAUUUAAUUCACUUUGGCUUCUAUACAACCAUUAUUAUUUCAUAUUAUUGUUCUGGUACAUGGCAAUUUAAUAUUCAAACUCAAGUAGUUAUGCAUUUAAAAUUUAUUAAAGUACUUUAAUAUUCUAUACAAUUAAAUGGCAUUGAAUUUUAUUUGAUACUUAAUAGUAAAUAGAAAAUACAUACAUUUUGACAACAUUGUGUAAUCAUAAUUCUUUAUACAAUUCAUAAUAACUAGGGUUUAAAUUUAAAGGAAAUUUAAACAAUAAAAAAAAAACAUUUAAUUUGUAUAAAAACCAAUUACAAAAUUAACUAAACAAAUUAAUAGAUUUCUGUGAAUUGAAUUAGUUUGCAUUAAAUACAAUUUACUACCAUGUACUUAAACAAACUGUCUUCUGAAAAAUUUUGAUAGUUUAGUCUAAAAAUAUUUAGAUAAUAAUCGUUUUACGUCCACCAAAGUUACUGUUAUGUAUUUUAUACAUAAAUAAUUAUUUAAUUUAAAAUUACUAUUUUUUAAAUUAUUAUCAUUUUUUGUUUCCUUAAUUAAUAAUUUGUUGAGUUUAUUCAAAAUCAAUCUAGAAACUUCGCCAAUAUAACUUUAAAUUUAAUACACAUAAAACAUAAACAAUAUAUUUUAAUAUUUUAUUAGUAAAUAUAUAGGUAGAUAUUAUUUGUAUCUCGAGUUUCUAGUUUUAUAAUUGUGUAGAAUUUUUGGCAAAACUACUAAGUAGCGUUUAUCAAAGUAUCAUUUCCUUAGUGUUGAUUCACAUAGAAUAUUUUUGUUCAUUAUUUUGGUAAAAGAUCUAAAAACCUCAUUGUUCAAUUUAUUCAUAGCGAUAUUUCUGCAAUCAAAAGCAUAGACAUUAGAUCCAACCUUGAAAUCACAGACAACUAAUACAAAACACUGAACCCAUAAAAAGAAAACUCUUAGAAAAUUUUCUUUUCUUUAAAAAUAAACAUAUACAACUAAAUUUAAACAGUAUUGAAUCUAAACUCUUGUAACUUGUGGUUAAAACUGUAUCACUAAUAAAAUAAAUGUAUACAAAAAAAUGCAUAAUACAUUUAAAUCCAUUUACAACUUUUAAUGUAUUUAAUAAAAAAGUUAUUGUGUUAGUAGUAAUUUAUAAUAGUUAUUAAUUUUGUUAUAAAGUUUAAUGAGUCACUACAACCCGCUUUGAAAACCAUUGCUAUAAUGAUGGCAGCUUUUAGUGAAGUGUACUAUAAUGAAAAUGGCAUGAUGGCUAAGGCAAAUACUGCAUGGAAUUGUAAGUUUUGGAAUUUUUUAAUCAUAGUGAAUUAUUUGAAUUAUUUUAUUUAAUAUAAUUUAUAUUUAGGUAGUAAAUAUAUGUUAAAUCCAGAAUUGAGAGCUCGCAGAAUUAUCAAUGUUAUUCAGUAUUCUUCAAUACAUUUUUACAAAGCAUUUUUGUUCCUUGGUGAAACAGGUAAUUUUUAGUAAAUAUAAAAUAAAUAAAAGUAUUGUCUUCAUCUUCUCUUUUGCCUUCUGUCCAACUAUUAUAGGUUGACUACCCUUAAACUUCCACUUGAUCCAAUCCCCCACAUCACCUUGACAUACACACGCCAUCCUCAUAUCAUUCUCAAUAACAUCCAACUACCUAUCUUUUAGUCUUCCACUCAUCCUCUUUCCUCCAACAUCUUUUUUCAUUAUAAUUCUUACUGUUUCUGAUUCUUCUCUCCUCAUAACGUACCCAAACCAUAUCAGUCUAUUUUAUUUUAUUUUGUCCACUAUCAAAACCAUACCUAAGUCCCUUUUAUGUAUUCAUUCCUUAUCUAUCUUCUCUUGUCACUAUACUCAUCCAUAUAAAUAUUAUCAUCUUUGCUAUACUCUGUUCUACUUUUUUGUUUACCACCCAACACUUAGACUAAUAUAACAUAGCCCGUUUCACUAUACUCUUGUAGAACUUACCUUAAAAUCUCAUUGGAAUCCUCUUUUCGUCUAAAACACCAGAUGUUUUCCUCCACUUAAUCCUGUUUCACAUGCUCGUCAAAGUCACUGUUCCUUUGAAAUAAAAAAUUAGUAAUUUUAAUUUUUUUGAUAACAAUUGCUUUUAAUUUCAAUUUAUUACAUUACAUAACACUAUAAAAUAUAAAUAUAUUUAAUGAGUCAAAUUUAUUAGUAUUUGAUUAUGCAAGUUUUAAAAAUAAAUGUAUAUAUUUAGGUUUUUUUUAUAGAAUAUACUAUUUUUAAAUUUAAUUAAUUAAUUGCAUUAAGGGGAGUAGUGGAGUAUCAUAUUUUGUGUGGUGGCAAGGCACCCGGUAUUUUAUUAGUGCUCCACUACUCUCUCUUCCGUUUGAAAAACCAAAGUUAGUAUCACCACAGGAUACUCCUUAAAUGUUAUGAAAAAUUUAAUUAUUCGAAAAUAUUGGAUUUAACUACACUUAAAAAUUCCAAAAAUCACAAGUUUAAUGUAUGCAAAAUUUAACUAAAAAAAUGGGAUGAGCACCUUGAAUGAAUUACUCUGUAUAUAUAUACAAAACUCUCUCUUUUUUUUCGUUCGUGUGUUCAGUACAUUUAUUUAAGUUUUUUCUUUGUCUAUACCUUUUUGUGGAAAUUUAAAAUAUAUGUAUAUUAAAAAAAAAGUUACACAUUUUUUUGUGAACAUUAAUCAUUUGAUCAUUGUUUUUAAGUUUCUAAUUAUACAAAACUAGACUUUUACCAAAUUGAUAAUAAUAAAACUAUAAUGGUCAAUGUUUUAACUUGUUGAUUCUUUUUAAUUUCAGAACUGUUAAAAAGUUUGCCUAAUUUAGUUUCACCUGCAGUGGCUGUAAAUCGAUUGGUAGCUAUUCCCAGUAAGCCAAUUAAAUACAUGAAACCAAAUGGAGAGUUAUUUGAACUCCAACCCUCUAUAUGUCAUACUGGACCAGCUUCUUUAAAUGUACGACUAAUUGCAAAAACUAAACGUGAAGGCAUGGUAAAGUUUUAUUUAUAAUUAUUUUUAUUUUAUUCACGUAUAGAAUAUAAAUAAAUUAUUUUUAGUUAGCAGAGAGUCCCAGUAAUGGGACAUUACCUGAACCUUGUGAAAAUCUUAUCAUACAUUGUCACGGAGGUGGUUUUGUAUCACAAAGUUCAAGUUCCCAUGAAUCAUAUUUAAGAGAUUGGGCAGUUCGCUUAGACAUUCCAAUAAUGUCAGUUGAUUAUUCUUUAGCACCAAGAGCGCCAUAUCCAAGAGCCAGGGAAGAAUUAUUAUUUGCUUAUGUAUGGGCUUUAAAUAAUGCAGCGUUCUUAGGUUCCACUGCUAAACGUAUCAUAAUGGCAGGUAAAAAUAAGUCUGAUAAAAAAUUUAAAUUGUACAACCUAUUACUUUUAACUUUAUUUAUUUACAUUAUUUUUGAGUUUAAUAUUAACUAGUUAUAAUAGUAAAAUAAAAACACAAUUCAAGUUCUGUAUUGUUAUCUAUAAUUUUUAGCUAUCUAAUAAUAAUUCUAGAUUGUAGAAUAACAAUUUGAAUUCAUUGUAUUAUAUCAUUGAUUAUAAUAUAUUUUUACACAAAAAAUAACUAUGUUCAAUUUAGUUAAUAUAAAAUAAUCAUUAUUAAUGUACAUCAUUAUACAUUUAAACAUCUGAAACUGAUCAAUUUUAUAAGUAUUAUAAUUAAAUUUUUUUAACAAAAUAAGUUAUAUUAAAAUAAUUUUUUUUUAAAAGUAUUUUAUAAAUUAUAUAUGUAAAAAUGAAUAAAUUUUUUUUUUUAUUUAGGCGAUUCAGCAGGAGGAAAUUUAAGUGCUUGUGUAGCGUUAAAAUGUAUAGAACUGAAUAUUAGAAUACCAGACAGCUUAUUUUUGGUAUAUUUCCCAUGUGCAAUUGCUUGGUCUCCAACACCUGCCAGAUUUCUCAGUUUAAUAGAUCCACUAAUACCUUUAGGCUUUAUGACUAAUUGUUUAAAGGGUAAUUAUUACUUUAUAGUUACAUCUUAGCAUCGUAUAUAUAUAUAUAUUUAUUUAUUUAUUUAUAUUAUGUUUAAUUAAAAUACAUUAUUCAGCUUAUGCUUGUUCUCCUGACAUUUACCAAGAUAAUUUAUACGAGUAUAAAUUAAAAAAUAUUGCUAAACCAAAAAAUGGCCCAAAUGAAAAUAUUACAGAAGAAGUAGAAUCCAGUGAAGAAGCUUUAAAGCUUAUACAUGAUAAUGAAGAAGAUACAGCUACUUCAGUUGAAAAAACUAUUUCUACAAAUGAACAGCGACAAUCUAAACAAUUUUCAACAAUAAUUACAGAGACAGCUGAAAAUAUAACUUCUACCAUAACCAAUACAUUCAUGACAUUAACAGGAGGAAUAACAGAAGAAGAGAUCAGGUAAUAUAACAUUAAAAAAAUAAUUCUUUAUUCAUCUCCCCACUGAUAUUUUUUGACAACUAUUCUUAUAGUUAUUAAUUUGUUUAUAAAUUAUAGAGGUGAUGCAAUAAAAUAAACUUGUUGAAAUUAUUAUUUUUAUGUAGUUUGCGUUUUUUAACAAUUUAUUUAUAUAUAUAUAUAUAUAUAUAUAUAUAUAUAUAGGUAUAUUUUAGAUAAUAUAAAUAAGUAAAUUCAAUAUAUUUAACUCAAUUUUAAGCCUAUUUUGAUCAUAUUUCCAUACAUUUUAUUUAUUUUUUUUUUUAACAUAGAGACUAGUUCACAUAAUUUGUAUUUACAAAAUUAUUACUUUUUUUGUUUAGUGAUAGUGAGGAUGCUUUAAAUGAAGUAGUAGAAGAAAAGCCCUUACCAAUGGAUUUGCCUAAGUUACCAGAUGACCCAUUUUUGUCACCAUAUUUUGCUAAUGAUGAUCUUUUUAAGCAUUUGCCUCCUGUUCAUAUUGUGGUAUGUUAUUAAGAAACAAAAUAAAUUGGUAAAUUAUUUAUUUUGUUGAAACUUUAAUUUUAUAAAUUUUUUACUUAUAGAGAAUAAUAUUAAUUACAUUUUUAACUACCUAAAAUACAAAUUAUAAAAAGAAUGUUUAUAACCAAUAAAAUAACAAAAUAUAUAGAUACUGUAUUUUUUUUUUAAAUCAACUUAUAUUAAAAUUAUUAUUUAUUAAACAAUUGACAAUUUUGCUUUUAGAUUAUAUAUAUUAUAUUAACACAUUUUUAUUUUCAUCAAAGUUGAAUUCUAAUAAAUACAACCAAAUUAUUAAAAUUAGUGGUUACUCAUAAAAUAAAGAUACUUUAAUUUUAAUUGUAUUGCAUUUUGUUUACUUCAAUUGAAAAAAAAGCUAUCCAUUUCAAUAGAUAAUAAUAAUUACAUUUUUAAGUUGACAUAUUUAUUUGUAUACAAUUUACAGACAGUGCAUAUGGACCCAUGUUUAGAUGAUUGUGUAAUGUUUGCAAAACGAUUAAAAGGACUUGGAAAAAAAGUGAAUAUGGACAUUUUAAAAGGAUUACCUCAUGGUUUUUUAAACUUGGCUAUUGUGAGUUGGAAUUUAAUACUUAUUUCACAUUAUGAUUUAACUGAUAUGUUUAUAUUUAUUUAUAGACAUGUAAAGAAGCCCACGAAGGAUCAGUACUGUGUGCAGAGCGUAUUGCUGAACUGUUUAAAGAAAUUGAAAAAUCUGAGUCUUAAUAUUAUUUUUUAAUUAAAAUUGAGAAGUUUUCCUAAAUUACAUGUGUUCCAAAAAUUAUUAAAUUAAUUCUAUCAAUUUGUAUUAAUGUACUUAAAUACAUUUUUAAGUGUUAGUAGGUUUUUUUUGUGUGUACUAUUUUAGUUAUAUGUUCUAUACAACAGUAAUAAGGAAUUAUGAAAAAGUAUUUUCAAGAUUAAUAUAAAAAUACUUAACUAAAUUAUCACCAACAAAAAACAUUUUUUAUGUGUUUAUUAUAUACUGUAAAUUUACAGUAUGUAUUCUAUUAUUAUUAUAAUAAAAUUAUAAAUACAAUAAACAAAUGAAAAAGCUAUUUAGUAUUUUAAUCUUUUUUAUUGUUAUUUGACAGAUUUUCAUUUUUUCCGUUCAAUAUUUUAGGCCUUAGCCGCUUUUCCAAUACAUAAGCAUCUGCAGGUUCUAUUCUUUUGUAAUAAUGCUCUUUAGUUUCAACUAUUUCAAAGCCAAAUUUUUUGUAGAACUUAAUGGCACUAUCAUUAUUCAAUUGAACAUGUCUAAAUUAAAACAUGUACUUAAUAAAACACUGAAAUUAACUAUAGAAAAUAAAAAUACUUACAAAUAGACAGCAUCAAAUGUACCAUCAUUUUCAACAUAAUUUAAUACAUGUUGAACCAUCAUACUUCCUAUGCCAAGCCUUCUGUACUGUGAUAAACAUCCCAGAGUCAUUAUAUACAGUCGACGACCAACUUCUUGGUCUAUUCGGCAACAUACAGCUCCAACCACAAUAUCAUUAUAAUAUGCUAAA